AUGCUUAAGCUACAAAAUAAGACGUUACCCAACUCUACAUCUAGUGUUCUUCAUCGUAGUAGUGAAAAUAUGUUUCGAAAACGUUUAUUAUCAAAAUUAAAUUUACAUCGUAUGGAAAAUGAUGAUGAUGAUCUAAAUUUAUAUUAUUGUAAAUUUUUAACAAAAUUAUCAAAAAUACUUUUGAAAAUUUAUUUACCUAUCAUUACAUUUAUUUAUUUUGUUUUACUUCUAUGUGAUAUUAUAUCAUCAUAUCACCAACAAUCAAUAUCAAAAUUGAAAACAAUUUUACUAUUAUGUUUAAUUAUCUUAAGUAUCCUCAUAUUAAUCUUUGCAUAUUUAUCAAGAAUAUGUUGGCAUUUAAUACGUUUAAUACUCGUUCUAUUACUUUUUUGUUUACCAUUGACAUCAAUAUUUAAUGAAAAACAACAAAAAUUUCAAUUAUCCUAUUCACUUGUACAUUCGACUCUAGCUAUUACAUUGAUAUAUUCAUUAUUUUCAUUUAAAUUGAUACAAUGUAUUAUUAUUGGUAUCACUCUUUCAAUUAUUCACUUAAUAUUCGCUUUAAAAUCUCUAACAUCGUCAAUAUCGUCAAGUGUAAAAAAUGGUGAAAUAUUAUUUCUUCUAAUUUAUCAUAUUAUUAUUAAUCUAUUUGGAAUUAUGAAUUAUGUUUAUUUACUUAAACAUAUUCGACUUUAUUUUCGACUAUAUGAAAAAAAUUUGUAUGAAAAAAAUAAAUUUAAUGUUGACUGUAAAAAAUUACAAACAAUUUAUAACAAUUGCCAUCAUCAAUCAAUAAUAGCCAAUGAAUUAACGAAUAGUCAAUAUACUAAUCCAUUCGUUAAUAAUUAUUGGUUUAUGGAUUCUCAUUAUACUAAUGGCGAUAUAGAUCAGAAGAAUGAAAUAAAUAAUGAUUGUCAUUGUGAAAAAUCAUUUGGUACAUGUGUGGCUUGUAAUAUAACAAUAAAUGAAAAUUGUAAUUCACAUACAAAUGAGGAAAUUGCCACAUUAUUAGACGUUUUAUAUUCUCAAAUUGAACAAAUACUAUUAAAACAGAAUACUGAUUAUUUUACAUUUGAUAAUGAAGAUAUUCUAUUUACAAUAAUUAAUAAAGAUAAUAGAACAACAAUUGAAAUAUGUUGCUUAUUAGCCAUUGAUAUUCUACGUUUUAUAACACACGUUAAUAAUGUCACACAAUGGUCAUUGUCAAUAACAUUUGGAAUUGAGACAGGUGAAUUUGUUAUAAUUAAAACAAAACAAAAUAAAGAUGAUAGAAUUUUAUUUAUUGAUGGUGAAACCGUUGAUAGAGCACGAUGGUUAUGUAAUGAAUGUUGUAUUCAAAAUAGAAUACAUGUAUCAUUAAAUAUUUAUGAUUAUUUGAAAUACAAUACGGAAUUUUAUGAAUUUCAUUCGGUAUGGAAUAAUAAAAAAAUUAAAAAUCCUACUUAUUUUUUAUUUACAACAAAUAUGUACAAACAAUUAACAACAUUAUUACCUUUAACAAAUACAAUGGUUGAUCAAUUAUCAAGAAUACAAGCACAAUAUCAUGUUGAAAAACAUUUAGUUCAACAGAAUAUCAGACUUUUAUUUAUUACCAUCCAAUGGCAUAGUGGAUAUAAUUUUCAACAAUUCUAUACACAAUUACGACAAUAUAAUAAUUCAAUAGUAAAUAAUUCAAACAUAAAUAUUUCACAAAAUCUUUCUAUAAUAAGUUAUGACAAUGAUGAAAUAAUGUUGUAUCAUCGUUAUUAUGAUUAUUUAAUCAUUUCAUGUAUGUUUCCGUUAUAUUUUUGUGCCUCUUAUCGUCAAUGUUCAUGGUUAAUUAAAGCGUUUCUACUAUUUUCCUGUACAUUAAUUCAACUGUGUUGGUUGCAAUAUGUUUGGCAUAAUUGUUUAUAUAAAUUCGUCUUACAUAUACAUCAUUAUACAUUGAUCUCAUUAUUAAUUAUUCAUACAUAUUUGUUAAUUUUAAUAUCAUACUUGAAAGAAUGGUUAGAAAAAAUCGAUUAUAUUUGGUUAAAAUCCAUUAUAUCUGAUCGUUAUUUUGUUUAUAAACAACGUGAAUUGCAUAUAAAACAGUGUUUAACAGUAAUACCAAAACGUGCAAUUGAUUAUUAUUUACAAUCAGAUUUAGAAUCAAAGACAGGUACAUUAGCUCAACAUUAUCAUUGUAAAUACGAUCAAAUGACUCUAUUAUUAAUUCAAUUUGUUAAUGUUGAUGAGGAACGAACAAAACUUGAUCAAUUAACAAAAACAAAAAUUUUUUAUAAUCUAUUAAAAGAAGUUUAUUCUAUAGCAAAAACUGAUCGAUUUUCAAAUAUAUCAGUCAAUGUAAAAUCAUUUGUUUAUCAAAUAUUAUUUUCAAUAAAUACUGAAAAUGAUUCUACAAAACGUUUACAACAAUUAGUUGAACUAUUAUUUAUUAUACAAGAAAAAUUAUUAUCAAAAAAAAAACAAUUAGAUUUGAAUAUUAAAUUGAGUGCGUGUAUUCAUAUUGGAACAGUGAAUGAAAUAUUACUACAUUUAGAAAAACAAUUAAAAACAGAUUUAUGGAGUGAACAUAUUACACUAAUAAACAGACUAUUGAUCAAAACACAACCAAAUCAUUGUCUAGUAACAUCAACAGCAUAUACACUAUUAAAAGAUCUCUAUUUAUUUCGAACAGCAGGUACUAUAAAAAAUAAUGAUACAACAACAUUUCAGAUUUAUUAUCUUCUUGGACGACUUAUUGGCUAUAAUAUAUUUCAGGGGCGUAAUGCACUCCCAUUGAGUAUUGGUAUAACAUCUUUCUUAAAUACUGUUCAAACAUCAACAAGUACAGAUUCCGGUCAUUCAUCUCAUUUACGUCCAAAUAACACAAAACCCACGACAACAACAUCAACAUCAACAACUUCAUCUUCAACUGCUGAACAAACAUUGAUUGUCCCAUCAGAAAAAAUAGUAGAUGAAGGAGAAGAACAAAAAUCGCAACAAAGAUAUGCUCUGAUUGAUUCAUCAUUGUCAUCAAUGGUUAAAAAUAAUUUCAAACAAUCAUCCUAUAUAAAUCGUGGUACAUUGUUACAUGCAUUAACCGGUUGUGGCGAUAAUAUAAAUUAUCAACAAAUAAAUAUGAAAGUAAAAAAAUUUUGUUUACGUUCAAAUAAAAGUUCAUCAUGUUCACCAUCAUUAAAUAAUGAAAAUGAUAAUAAUUGUCUUCAUAUAAACACUAAAUAUACACCACCAUUUAUCUUACAUUCAUCAACAACAAAUAGUCCAAUUGAUUCACUCGAAAAAUUAUUACCAAAAGUAGUUCAUAUCAACGAUAAUUGUUGUUGGUCAUCAUAUGAAGAAGCGCAAAAUAUCAACGGUGGAAAUAUGAAUGUGGAAAUUGACUAUAGUCCAACAGAGGGAGGCGAAAAUAGCUCUGGAAAAUGUUUAAUAUUAACACAAAAUAUGUUAACAGGAAGUUGUCAGUCAGAUGAUAUUUGCUCAAAAUCAAGUCCAUCUAGUUAUAAAAAUCAGCAAACGAAAAUAUUUGAACGAAAAAGUUUUACUGAAGAAGAUUUUCGACAGCUUCUUUUGGAUAAAGAUACGACAAAAGAAAAUAGUCUUUCAACAACGAACGAAGAAUUAUCCUCUUUCUCAUGGAAUGAAAGUGAUAAAACUACAAGCGAUAAAAAACAAAAGUUCAAACACAAUAAGAAUUAUCAUGUACCAGUAAUAAUGUGUCAAAAUGAUCAAUUACUAAUUGAAGAAAAAAUAAAAACUCCACCAUCACACAUUCGUUCAUCGUUAGAUUGUUAUUUUCCACGACAACCAUCUGAUUUAUCAUUUACUGUCAAUAUGAGUACAACAGAAGAUGAACAAAGUACCGAAACAAAAUCAACAUUAGUUUCGACGACACCACAUACUUAUUUGAAAGCAACAUCGCCAGUAAAUAUGAAUGUAACAGCAAGUACAUGUUUAACACCAAGGAAAAUCUCACCAAUAUCCACCGACGUUAUAGAACAUCCAGUAGAACAAUGUAUCAUUUAUCAAAAAAAAAAGAGCACUCCUGUUCCACUGUUGGUUCGACAUAGUCGUUUAAAACCUCCUAUGGUUCAUCACCGUAAUAAACCAUCACGUAAUUUAGCAAGAAAAUUAAUUGAAGAAACGUCAGACACAUCUGAAAUAUCAUUGCUCGAUAGUAUUGAUGAGAAAUAUUCAAAAGUUGUAGAAAAGAAAAAAAAUAAUAAUAGUCGAGGAUUAUGGAAAGAAAAUUACGUAUAUACAAGGCCAUUAACUGUUCCUAAAAAAGAUCGUGUACGUUUAUCAUCUAGUUACAGCAAUUUACUGGAUUUAUUGCAACGAGAAGAAGAAUGUUCGCAUAAUGAUCAAAAAUAUUUGGUUUCACCAUCUGAAACAAAUGAACUUUUACAACGAUGGUUACAAGAUCAAUUGAUUAUGUUUGAACAUCAAGUAAAACAGCAACUACCUACUACCAUUCAGAAUAAUUCUGAUUCGGAUAAUGAAUCGGACACAAUCAGUGAAAAUACAUUUACACAAAAACUUCCAUUAUUUAAUUCUACAACAGAACCUACUAAUACUGAAGGACAAUUGAACAACAACAACAACAACAAGGAUUCUCCUCACCGGUAUAAUCGCAUUAAACAUAAACAACAACCAUUACAAUUCGGUGAGACGAAAAAAGUUGUUCAUAGUAAUGUUCGAUAUAAAAUCUUGAGAAAAGCACAUUUAGUUCGACAUGAAUCAUUGAAAAAUCGUAAUAGACCACUGUUAUUGAGCUCAUCAUUUUUAUCUCCACAAUCGUCGACUAAUCAUCAUCGUCAUCAUACAAAAAUACCGUGCAAUAAUAUUCACGAAACAUGUCAUAGUCGAAAUAAUGAUUCUUCGGAACAUAUAUCAAACCAUAGUUAUUGUGAUAAAGAUGUAUUUUGUACGGAUUCAUCGAUGCCUCGAUCAGAUACAUCUGAUUUUUCGCAACCACAACUAUCUGAAAGUGUUAUUAGUAAUUUAGAAUCAGAAUAUGAUAAUUAUCAGCCAGAACAACAAAUGUCAAAUUCACAAAUUUUGAGUGAUGAUGAUAAUCGAUCAUAUUUGUAG